CGAAAAGAGCUUGGUAGUGCGGCCGUGUGGCUCGUCUAAUAGUGAAAGUCCAUUGGUGGUAAUGUUAUGGACAAAAACAAACCAUCUGAAAAGAAAUUAGAUAAUGAGAAAUGUAAAAAACCUAGUCCUGGAGAUUUCCCCAUCUAUAGUCGUGUCAAUAAAAAAUCAAAGCGACUGAAAUCACAAAUUUCUGAUCCUUCUGCUCAGAAGUCUACUCAAUAUCCACAAUCUGAUAAGGAUUUGACAUACAUACAACCAUAUUUCCCCUCUCACAUUCCCAAGAGUGAUAGCACUGGAAGCUUUUUUUGCAACAAUACUCCUGAAUCUUCUGAGGUUGCACCAGCACAAGCUCUUUUGCACUCUUCCAGUCAAAUAUUCAAUUCUUCAGAACCAUCAGAAUGUAAACAAUAUUCUGACAUUAAAGGAUGCAAGAGUAAACUUAAACCAGCUUCCUGCAUUGGUAUCAAGGAAAGUGCCAGAAGUUCUGAGCAACCCAUUUAUGCUGUGUUGAAACCUGAGAAACAAAUUUUAAAAGAAACUUAUAGUGAUCUUUCCAGCUGCAGUCCAAGAUCUGAUGGAAAAUGUCAGAAAGCUGGUGAUUCGGCUUCCUGUAUUGCCAUUGAUGAUGAUGAUACUCCCCCACCCCCUCCUGUAAGGCACAGUAGUAUUGUGUGUAGUAAAAUAUAUCAGAAGAUAACAAGUAACUGGAAAUUUGAUUAUCUUAAGCCACCCAUCCAAGCAAUUGAAAACCUUAAGUGUGAGAUCAACAAUUCUUCUGGAUCUGAUGGUAGGAAACUGAAGGCAAAUAAUCAUUUCCAGUUGAAGUCUGAUGCUGGUAUUGUUCCAUCAGCUGAUUGUGACACUGAAGAUGAGCCUCCAGUUCCUCCAAAGCGCUAUAGUAGCAUAGCUACCAGGGACCAAAGUUUUCAUGAAGUUAGCCAAAAAGUUACAGAAAAAGAGGACAAAUCUACUAUCCAACAGCCAACAAUCUCUAGUCAAAAUGAAUUUUCUACUGAAGAACCAAUUGUGAAUAUAAAAGACUUCAAUAAAACUACAUGUGCCAGUGCCUGCUUAGACAGCAGUAGUAGUGAGAUUUCUCCUAUUACACACAAUAAAAAUAAUAAGCUUGACAAAGACUGUACUAUAGCUAACAAUAAAGUAAACUGUACAGACAAUAGAUCUAGUCAUGUUGACUAUGAUUUACAUAUAAGCCAAAGUGCUGAUAUUUAUGACAUAUCUGUGAGGCCCAAAAUAAGCUACUGUGAUUUAGUAAAUAGCAUCUCAAGCAGUGGCACAAAUGCUGACACCGAUUGGGAGAGCAGCAUUCCAAGUGACUCUGAGGCUGCUUUUGACUGUCAUGACCCUUCUCUGGAACAAGAACUAGACAUAAAUGUCAUUGUCAAAACUGAACUCUCAGUUAGACCGAAAAUUAGAAAAAGAACUAAUAUUUCAAGGAAUAAAUCAAAGCUUCUAAAGCCUGGUAUCAGUUGUCUAGAUAACAGUUAUUCUGAUGAUAGUCUUGGUUUUCCUGAAAAAGUUCAUCAUGACAUGACAUUGAAUUACAUCCCUUUAUGUGAUGAGUCAAUCUUCUUGAGUUCUUCUCCAUUGUUUACAUCAAAUCCGCUAGUGGAACACAUUUAUCCAAGCAUCAGAUCUCCAUCUUAUUCUCUAAUAAAGCCUUCAGCAGAUUCUUCCUUGAACUCUUCUCUGCUGGACUGUCACUCAUCCAAGUCCUCACCUGUGCAUCAGGCUGUUGAUUUGGAACAAGUGUGCCAUGGAAUAUCAGGGAAGGAAUUGAAUAAGUUCAAGAUCAGUGGUGAUUUACUACUACCAACUGCUGGAUUUUCAUCUCACUUGGAUGCUGGUGAUCAAAUUUCUUCUUCCUUGUCAAGAGUCAAGAGAGCAUUGACUAGCCAGUUGUCAAGCCCAACUCCAGGAAGCCAAUUCAAAGAUCAACUCAACAGCAAGACCUUCACUGACAAGGGGUGUCACAGGGCUGGCUUCUUAGCUGCAUCCUGGGUCUGCAACUCCUGCCAGUUCAGGAACGUACACCACGCACCUGACUGUCUCAUCUGCGACGCAAGUUGCAGCACCUCAAGCCCGUCUGUUGUCCUCUUGCCGCGCAAUGCGCUCAGUCCAGCCAACUUGAAGAGUUAUAAGUAUUGGCCCAGUGACACUGACAAGCCUUUGCUGCGCCACCAAACUGCUACUGAUUUGCAAAUAACAAAAUUAGAGAAUAGAAUCCACUCUCAAAACCCUGAUAUUUUGAGUAGAGAUUUAGAACGCCGGCGUGAGAGGCCAUGUGUCAGUUCAGAAGAAGAGGAUGUGGAGCAACUGUUAACACCUCCACCAACAGUUAUUGUUCAUGACAUCUCGCGCUUGAGCUGGAAGUGCAAGAAGUGUCGGCACUAUAACUCACGACACAGUGCUAGGUGCUCCUCAUGUGUGAAAUUUCCUUGUAGCAUUCAAAACGAUGGUAAUGCUGACAUGGAGCUGAACAAAAAUAGACCAACAAAUCUUAAUAAUUUAAAUAGCAGUGGCUUAGAAACUUGUAGCUUAGGUGCUAGUGCAAAGAAUGGCUUGGAUAAUGCCAUGCCACCUGUGGAGGAGGUGGAGCGGCCUCUCAUGGUCGAAAACAACCUUUAUUUCCUGGGCAAAGACAACAGAGUGACUGCUAUUGAUUCUUUAGGCAAUGUCUCAUCAUCACGUCUUGAUGACAAUGCCAAGAACACUGAAGCGCGGUCUCCUGCCCGCGAGAUAUCAAGUAUUAAAAAUUUAAAUGAAGUGGAGGACCAGAAAAAAUCCAAGCGAGAAAAAUCCCUUAAAACUUUUGGUUGGCAAUGUGAUUGGUGCUCUUUCAAUAAUUUGCAUUCGACUAAUACGUGUUCUGCGUGUUCUAUAUCCAGAAAGCCUGCACAAUCUGACAACACACCUCCCAGAAAAAUAAAAAGUCACGCCAAGUCCUCCAGUUCCAAAGUCAACGUGUCUAGAGAUGUACCCUUAAUAGAUUUGAGAAGCCCUCUCAGAGAGAAGGACUCCAGCUGUGAUGAUGACACUUUGGCUCUCAAGCAAAUGUGGACUUGUGCAAAAUGUUCAUACACCUAUAAUCCUAAGUGGUCAAAGUUCUGUGAUAUGUGUAAUAGUUUUAAGAAUAACGUCAAUGACAGGACUCGAGAAGUACUGGAGCAGAAUUUAGAUGAUGACUUUCAAAUUCUCCCUGCAAAUUUAGGCCAGUCAAUGCCUAACUAUUCGCCUGAUCAGCCGUGGAGUUGCGUCAAGUGCACAUUGCUUAACUCAGGCUCAUCAAAUGCAUGCAAAGCGUGCGAUGGCUCGCGUCUUAAGAGCCUCAGUCAUUUGGAUGAACAGACACUCAAGCGAGGUGAGUUCUGGACCUGCGUUGUCUGCACUCUUAAGAACGCGCUCUCCUCGAGACGUUGUAAAGCUUGCAAGGCUCGUGUUGACGGUUCAAUCGGAACAAGAGACAAAAUGGAGGGCAGUGGGGAGAUUUCAGGUGCAAGCGUGGCUGCAGUUUGCAUCAUACCUGACACUGAUCAACCACAGCCAUAUCCCAAACGCGAAAAAUCAGCUAGUAUUCUAAGGAGCAGUCAAUCUUUCGAUGAUGUUGGAAGCGAUGCUCAGCGAAGGCGUGACCAGGUAGGAGGUGGGAAUAACCGUGACGUUCCUCACUCACGCAUUGCUGGUGCUGAACUUACUAAAUCCUCGUCUUGUUCCGAAAAUCUUUCAUUGGGGCGCAACAAAGUCGCUGAACAUCAAGCCAUGGACACCUCGUCUUCAACUGAAGUGUGCCGAGUAGAGCGGCCCAGACGCCUGCCUGAGGUGCCCCACAAGCGCGGGUCUUGGACGUGCUCCGCGUGCACGUACCUGAACAGCAGCAGCGCUGUGUCCUGCGCCAUGUGCGGCUCUUCUCCCACGCUCGACGACAUCGUGGCCAACGUUUCUAGACCAGGCAGCAGUGCAAGCAGCACCGCAGGAAGCGGCGGCAGCAGCUACUCGGAGCUGGUGGAGGUCUUGCGAGAGAUGGAGGAGCAUGAGGCACUCGUGUCUUGGAAAAGGAUCGUUCAGUACUGUAGGAAGCACAAGCAUCCCUUCGUGGAUGACUCCUUCCCACCCAUCGCUCGGUCCUUGUAUUAUAGCAAUGGAGGUGGAGGUAUGGCCGCAGAUAAUAGGGUCACCCAAUGGCUACGACCGCAUCAGAUUCUCACUGAAGACGACGCAAGCAUUGGCCACAAGCCUUGGGUCGUCUUUCGAACGCCACUUCCUUCUGAUAUUUCCCAAGGUGUGCUUGGUAACUGCUGGUUGCUUAGUGCUUUAUCUGUGCUCGCAGAACGUGAUGAUCUCGUGCGCAAGAUUAUGGUUACCAAAGAGCUGUGCCCAGAGGGCGUCUAUCAAAUCCGACUGUGUCGUAGUGGACGGUGGGUGACGGUGCUUGUUGAUGACCUGCUACCGUGUGACUCGCGUCGACACCUCGUGUACUCGCAAACACAGCGUCGUCAAUUGUGGGUGCCUCUAAUAGAGAAAGCUGUGGCGAAGGUGCAUGGUUGUUAUGAAGCGCUUGUCUCAGGCCGAAGUAUUGAAGGGCUUGCUACCCUUACUGGCGCUCCGUGUGAAAGCAUCCCGCUUCAACCUUCAUCAUCGCCUCAAGAAGAAGCGGUCGACAGCGAGCUUAUCUGGGCGCAGCUUUUGAGCUCACGCACUGCAGGCUUUUUAAUGGGAGCUUCGUGCGGAGGUGGUAACAUGAGAGUUGUAGAAGAAGAAUAUAAGAGCGUUGGACUGCGUCCCAGACAUGCGUACUCAGUGCUGGACGUGCAGGACGUUGAUGGCUUCCGUCUUCUGCGACUACGCAAUCCGUGGGGGCAUUACUCGUGGCGUGGCGACUGGAGCGACCACAGUGACAAGUGGACGCCAGCUCUCAGGACAAGACUUCUGCCCAAUGGAGGCCAGGAGGGAAUCUUCUGGAUUGCUUUCAACGAUGUCUUGAAGUACUUUGACUGCAUUGACAUUUGCAAGGUUGUGAGUGGGUGGUGCGAGCUGCGUCUGGUUGGCAGUUUGCCGCCGUGUGUGGACACCUCAGUGCUCUGCCCCACGCUCCUUACCGUGCUGGAUCACACUGAAGUCGAGUUCUCACUCUUCCAAGACGGACACAGAAACUCGGGCUCGGCGUCUCGGUCGCUCCUUGACCUGUGCAUCGUGGUGUUCCGUGCCGGGGAGGUGAGCGGGGGUUCAGCAGGACCACCGGUGCUGGGUGCUGUGGUGCAUCACUCACGUCGUCAGGUGCGAGGCUUCGUGGGCUGCAGUGCCAUGAUGGAGCCUGGGCGAUACUACGUCCUCUGUCUCGCCUUCAACCACUGGCAUACCAGCUACGCCAGUGCCGAGUCGUAUCCUGGCUACGUGCUGGCACUGCACACGAGCAAGCGCGUGGCUGUGGAGCAGACGAGAAUUACGAGCCCCUUCCUCCUGGCCGACGCUCUCAUACACCUCGGGCUGGCCAGGGGGCAGCGACACGAGGGCCGUGAGGGCAUGACGGUCUACUACCUCACAAAGGGAUGGGCCGGGCUCGUGGUGGUUGUGGAGAACCGCCACCCCGACAUGUGCAUUCUCGUCAUAUGUGACUGCCAUGAGAGCUACAACGUCGUCUCCACGCGUGCCGAGCUGCGCACCGUGGAUUCGGUGCCACCAUUACACAGGCAAGUGAUCAUCGUGCUGACGCAGCUGGAGAGCGGCGGUGGCUUCAGCAUCGCUCACCGCCUCACGCAUCGCCCGUCACAUUCACCUGGCCUGCAUGACUGGGGGCCGCCCCACACCAACCAUCAUCCCGCCAUAGAUGGCAACGUCUAUGGGCUGCAUGCUCCUAGACCUAUCUAGACCUAAGCGAGAAUCUACAAUAUGUGAUCUGCAUGCUUCUAGACCCUUUUUAAACCUGAUGUCUUUAAUUAAUACUCUCCUGAAUAUCGAGAUCUACGACCCUCCCUUAACUCAUGACCAUUACAAAUGUCAUGACCUCAUGCGGCCAGCCUUUUUACUUUGGAUUUACUAUGUUCUUCGUUAUAAUACUGAAUAUUCAUCAUAUUUCCACUGUAUUUUUUGUGUCCCAAAGCUCUUCAUCUCAACCCAUUUUAAACUGUUUUUUUAUAUAUAUGGCUAAUUUUAAGAGCAUAACCUAUUUUGAAUGAAAUUGUUUAUUAUUCCAGUUAAAAAUUUGAUGUAGACGCUUCUUAUACUUUUCCAAAAGUAGGAUCGUGUGUUCCUUGCUAGUUCGAGUUGAGAAUGACGGUUCACGGGUUUAAUUCGUUGGUAAUUUGAUGUGUGUUUUCUUUGCUCCCUAGAUUAUUUUUAACUUUAGAGUAGGCACACAGUUUCUAAUGAAAAAAAAUGUAAAUAGGAUCAUUUUUCUGUGUUUGAUCGAAGACAGUAUAGGUACGUAACUCAACCAUUUAAUUUUGUUCAUCUUAUUCUUACUAUUUCAUUCCAUGAAAUUUCACCUAUUGGGCAUAUUUUACUGUAGGAAUCCGCCUUCUUCUGGUGGCCAAAUUAUACUAUCUAUUCCGGACUUGUAUGAUGUAUGCGUGUUCGUUAGGCCCUCUAAUUUACACAUUUUUUAUGGGUAUUAUUUUUACCGGUGCAAGUGUUGAUUCUUGUCGGUGCCCUUGCAGCAGCCACCACGAGUGUUGCGUUCUACGGGACGACUGCUAAGAGAUUGUUAAUAAAAAGGCAUUCACGGCGACGGAUUUUGUCCUGGUAUUCUUGUAGUGUUACGGUCAUCAAUUAGAUUAGAUUGACCACGAUUAGGUGUUGUAGAUUGAUAUUUAUUUUGUAAUGUAUCACUUUUUACUUGAAAAUAUUUGAAUAGGCACCCAAGUUGAGUACCGUAGCUCUUACAAGAAUCGAUAUCUUAUUCCCUCUCCGAGUGUAAGCUAUAAUUUUGUAGGUAUAUAACUCGCGGAUACCAUAAGUAAAAAUAGUUAACCCUUCCCCAUUGGAAAUUAUAUUUAUUGUCUAUGUUUAUGUAUUAAAAUUGUAGUUACCUACGUUCUAAAACGGUCGUAGAUUUAUUUAAUGUUGAUGUCUCAUUAUAAUUAUCAUUGUUUUUCACAUUACUUGGGCUGCUCUGUUCCAUGUCUGAAUGUCGUUCAUUAUGGGUCUCAAUGUUUUAUUUUCGUUCACAGGUAUUCACUGUGUGUUAUUACUCUGUGUGGGCUAACUGUAUGUGUAACAUUGAAAACCUUUUGUGAUACUAACUUCCCUUAGCAAUAAACCUGUUAAGCGCGUUACGAUGUUUAGUAGACUCGUAGCUAAGAAAUAUCUUCCGUUGUAUCCGAUAUACAUAGUGCGUAGUUGUUGUCAUUAUUCGUGAUUAUUAUCAUGUGGUUAUCCUAAGUUAGCUUACUUGUUUAAGUUGGCAAAAUUAUUUCCACUAAACGCCAGCACAAAAAAAAAACUUUCUUUAUGCACAUGUUGGGGUGGUAUACAUCAGACAUCUGGAGUUUCAUGAUUGGUGACGGAGGUUGAUGAUGCAGUCCUUUGGCUUUGUUCCAUACCUCGAGACAAUGAAAUUCCUCUUGAUUAUUGUAUUUGAAUUUAGAUUACUGAUAAACUUGGAAUGCAUGUUGGUCGAUUAUUCUCAAAGAGGCGUGUUUCAUGACUGAAGUACAGACAUUCAAGUCCGUUAUUGAUGAGUGAAUUAGAACAGCGUUUUUAUAGCUUACUGCGCUCAGGCGAUAAUUCGAGAUUUGAAGUGGUUGCCUUCUAACCUUUAUUUCCGCAUAUAGCUAUUUUACCUGUGCACCUGGCAGCUUUUGGCCCCCUUAAGGAAGUGUAGAUAUCUGUUACUAUCCUAUGGGCCGUGUACAAAUAGCCCUGUAAUUAUUUAUAGCGAUUACUUUCUAUUGAUACGGAUCACACUAGUCCUUUUAUUUCAGCACUUGAAGGUGCUUAUGUUUUUUUGAAGUAUUGCUCAUGUAAAAUUAAUAUUUCUGUAUUUAUUUACUUAUUGCUCAUAUUGUCGUAACGUACAAGUUUCUUCAUUGAACAUUUCCUGUUUUAUUUGUUACUCAAUUGCUCGGCCUGUUGAUGAAAAUCAUCGACCGUGGGGCCGUUCAUUCGGUUUGAACUUGAAGCGACACUGUACAUUAGAUAACUUAUUUAUCCGGCCAACGACCAGGGGCCGUAUAAUCAAAACUAUCUUGAGUACACGUUGCGGCCUACGUACACGUAACGGCCUAAUACACGUAGCGGCUUGGGUACAUGUAGCGGUUGAUUUUCUCGUCUGUGAUUGGUGUGUUUAACUUAGAAGGCAUCAGUGAUUGGUUGCCGCAGUUACGAACUCGUAACUAUUUUGAUAAUACGGCCUCUGAUCGUGGCGAGUGACUCGCCUCUGCAAACGGCGCGUCUCUUCACACGUUGUUCAUUCCACAGUGCACAAGUCAUUCCUUCAACUCAUAAAAUUGAAUUUAGAAUCGUUAGCACGUAUGUGAACUACAUUGUGAAGUAGCUAUCGUAAUGUUAUGUUUUUGUGGUACCAUUGAUUUCUAAUAAUUUACACUUAAUGAUCGAUAUAACUUGGCUGAUUUCGUUCAUAAGAAAUGUCAUGAUUGCACAAUGAAACUUUUUUGGAUCAAUUAUUUAAUGGAAAUGUGCGCGACGGAGGCGUUAUUGUAUGAAACACAUUAGACGACAGCCAAACUACAUGUACAUGCUAACCUGAUAAAUAGUUUUUCCUUAACUUUUUGUCAGUGAAUAGCUCUCCAACCGAUCAGAAAACGACACCUAGACCAGUUAUAAGCGUCACUUUUUAAUGUAUUUUCAAUAUUGAUGAUGAACUUAGUAUCAACUUUAGAAUGAAUCAUACGCUAGUGCGCCUGCUCCUGCGCUAGAAAGUUGUUCAGACUAGCGUCAUAUUCUUCACAGUUGGUGCGUAUUUUAUAUAAUUAAGUGUGCAUUAUAUGGAUGUAUAAAAAUAUACUUGUACUCGUAUAAAUGCGGUUUGUAUGAGGAAGAGGUCCAGUUUGCGCUCGCCUCCAGAUAUGUCACUCCUAAAUACCUUGAAUUUAUUUAGGCCUUGGAAAGUGACUAGUGAAUUCAUGUCAGCUUUGAUUCCUUCAAUAAGAAUUGAAGAAACGUUAUUUCUAGUUAUACGUCGAACGAUUUUGAGGUGUCGGUAUAUUAAGUUAUCAUGUGUUACCUAAUGUUUAUGCUUAGUUUUUCCAGCUCGAUCGUUUUUGAAAAUUUAUUUUGAUUGCUAUGAUUGGUGUACGUAUAUUAAGUGACAUGUCUUGUUUGUGUAGUCGAUGUUUAAUAAAUGUGAUGCCUAAA